AUGAGCGAGAAUUCUAGAGAGAAUGAGAGGAGGAAGGCGGACAGGGAGAAAAGGGAGGAAGAGGUCUGGUGCCGAUUCCAGGAGAAACUAACAAAAGGAGUGUUCCUUCCAGCACGACAAAAAUUUUUCGGAUUCAUGACGAAAUUUCUCAAGAAAAGCACGUCUGGUUACCUUAUAAGCGAUUCACUGACGUUCGUCGAUUUGUAUUUAGCCGAACACACUUCUGAAAUGGUUAAGAAAGUGCCCACUCUCUACAAUGGAUUCCCAGAAAUCCCAUUGCACCAGUGUCUUAAGUCUUGCCCUGAGGUCGAACGAGAUGUCCAACCACUCAGAGCCGAACUUCGGCCAUUCGCGACGAGGUACGUUGGCGAAGGAAUGGAAGAAGGAGAAUUUAGCGAAGCUAGAGAAGAUUUGGCAGCAUUAGAGAAGGACUAUGAAGAGGUCGGAAUAGAUGCAACCGACAAUGAGGACGAUGACGACUAUAGUCAAUACUGA